AUGAUCCAUAGACAUAAUGGAACUACAGGAAACAAUGAUAUGUUCCAAGACAAGCCUCAGCCAGGUCAGAGUCUUCCUGUAGCAUCCUGGAAUAGCCUUCCAAACAUCCCAGUUCAGUCACGUAGUUAUAAGGGGUGUUUUCACCGUGAUCCACAGAAUAUCGCAAUGUCUUUAAAGCGCCCGUCAGCACCAAAUAAUAAACCAACGUUUGUACUUCCAGCAGGCCGCACUUUUAAGGACUUUGAGCCAACACGCAGAAAUUCUAUCAGCCAUUCGAAGUCCUGCGACGAUAUCUCCAGGACCCAUUGCUAA